UUUUUUUUCCCUCAUCAGAGAUCGAGCAAGGGAAAAAAAAUGUCAAGACUUGCAAUCCUUCUGAUUUUCUUUCUCUCUGCUCCAGCAACGCAUUUGGUUUUCUCUUCAUCAAUUCAGGACCCUGAGCUAGUGGUACAGGAGGUGCAAAGGAGCAUCAAUGCUUCAAGGAGAAACCUUGGCUAUUUAUCAUGUGGAACUGGCAACCCUAUAGAUGAUUGCUGGAGGUGUGACCCCAAUUGGGAGAGGAAUCGCCAGCGGCUAGCUGAUUGUGCUAUUGGGUUCGGAAAGAACGCUAUUGGGGGUAGAAAUGGUCGGAUUUAUGUUGUGACCGACUCUGGUAAUGAUGAUGCGGUGAACCCCAAGCCAGGAACUCUUAGGCAUGCUGUAAUUCAGGACGAGCCCUUGUGGAUCAUCUUCAAGAGAGACAUGGUAAUUCAGCUGAGGCAAGAGCUGGUCAUGAAUUCUUACAAGACCAUUGAUGGGAGGGGUGCUAGUGUUCACAUUGCCGGGGGACCAUGCAUUACUAUUCAUUAUGCUACUAACAUUAUCAUACAUGGCAUACAUAUACAUGACUGUAAGCAAGGAGGGAAUGGUGAUAUACGAGACUCUCCUCGCCACUUUGGUUGGUGGACUCCGUCGGACGGUGAUGGGGUUUCCAUCUUUGCUAGCAAGCAUAUAUGGGUUGACCAUUGCUCAUUGUCUAACUGUCAUGAUGGACUUAUUGAUGCCAUUCAUGGAUCGACAGCCAUCACUAUCUCCAACAACUUCAUGACCCAUCAUGACAAGGUCAUGCUGUUGGGCCAUAGCGACUCGUAUACACAAGACAAAGACAUGCAAGUAACUAUAGCCUUUAAUCAUUUUGGCGAAGGGCUGGUGCAAAGAAUGCCAAGGUGCAGGCAUGGGUACUUUCAUGUGGUGAACAAUGACUACACCCACUGGGAAAUGUAUGCCAUUGGUGGGAGCGCUGCUCCUACAAUCAACAGUCAAGGAAAUAGAUUUCUUGCACCAAAUAGAAGAUUUAACAAGGAGGUGACUAAACAUGAGGAUGCACCGGAGAGUGAGUGGAGGCACUGGAACUGGAGGUCAGAAGGAGACUUAAUGUUGAAUGGUGCCUAUUUCCGGCAAUCAGGCGCUGGUGCAUCUUCAAGCUAUGCAAGGGCUUAUAGUCUGAGUGCAAGACCAUCUUCUCUUGUGGGGUCAAUGACUCUGACUUCCGGUGUACUUAACUGCAGGAAGGGCUCUCGAUGCUGAUUGUGGCCAUGCUCGUAAAGUUAUAGUAUUAUUAGCCAUAGAAGGCUACCAAACGAGUAUGGAAAAACAGUCAUAAUUAAUCAGGCCUUAAUUACGGGCAAGUAGUUUGUCAUGCAUCUUCAGCGAUUGUUUUUCUUUCUUUCUUUUCCUCUUUUUUUGACUAUCUAAAUGCAUGUAUUGACGACCUCUCUGUCUUCUGCUUUUGAAAGUGUUGGAACUGUUGUAAUGGCAACCCUUUGUUUUGUUGGAAAAAGUAAGAAAAGAGCAGGAGUGUGUUGAUUUAAGUUUGAGGUCUGUUUGGCUUCAGCUUCCGUACUUCACGUCGAUGGAGCGUCAAUCUUUGCUUUCCAAUCUAUUGAUUGAUUUUGCUUAUUAAUUUUCACUUGCAACUCCGAA